AUUUGUUCUGUGUGUCCUGGGAACAACCUUGGACCUCUGACAGGUUACACAGCCAUCAGGAUCACACAGCUGUUUUGUUGGAUUACAUAAAUUGCGGAGAAUCCACAAAAAUUCAACAAAUUGCAGUUGACUUUGCAGAUUUUGAGAACCUCAACCAACUGAAAUAAACAAUGUAAAGUUAUUGCAGGUCAUUUGAAUCCAAAGCCCACAUUGCUGAACUGGCUUCCAAAUUCAGCUUUUUGGAGAAACUGGAGGGUGCCCAAGGAACAAUAUUUAACUAAACAUUGAACAAAAAAGUAUAUCAUAAAAUCUCAGGGUGUAGUUACUGUAAAUUUUAGAAUAUAUAUUUUUUGCACUGGCAUCAUGCACAGAGUUUGAGGACUAAAUUUAAAGCUAAUUGCUAUGACAGGGAGUAGAGAACUGAAAUAACCCUGAGCAUUUCGAAGCUGUCAUUAUCAUUGGAAUUGUAAUGACAAGGUUUAGGUCUCUUCAAUCGAGUUUUGGUGUAGGACACCCACAAACAUGAAAUUCCUGAGGGUAACAUUGCGGUAUAUUAAUAAUAGAUUGCAAGGCUUGGAUUACAAAGCCCGGGUCACCUCUCAUGCUUUAAAGCAUUUGUUUAAGUUGCAACAAAACAUCAAAAGUUGUAUUUAAGAUAGGCCACCACUGAGGAUUUCUUAUUGGACCUUUGACUAGUAUGUGCUGUGUCAUACUGCCGCCUCAUUUCUGUAGGUCUAUGCCUCCCUCCCUAAAGCCAUAUAGGCUAACGAAACUUCUCAUAUAGAUUUUUAUAUUAUUUACCAAUUACCUUGCUUUACAAGUUACUGUUUUUCUCAACAAUUUCAACAACAGCAAAAAAUGAACAGAUGUCAAUGAAACAAAAUAUAAUUUUUAUCAUGGUUUUCAACCACAACCACUGAACAGUUCUAGUUUCACUUUUUGCAGCUUAGCUCACAUUAGUCAUUUGACCUCCAUUGGUCAGAACUCGUCAGACCAUGGCUGUCCUCUGAAAUCAUUGUAAUUGGAUCAUGUAGGUAUGGCGUAUGUUUUGACUCAUGCUGUAAACACAGUGUGUAAUAAGUACAAGUAGUUUGCUCCCAAGUGUCAGAUCCAUCAAAACACUGCAAAUGAUCAAAAUACUGUACAUAAUUUUCUAUAGUAGUACUUACUGUUGGUUACUGUAUGUCUGAAUGCCAAACUUAAUUAUAAAGUAGAAUACUUUUGUCUUUGUCAGGGCAAGAUUCGUCUUCCCAUAAAGGACUUUGGAGAUGGUAGCAUGGGGGUACAGCAGACACGCGUCAUGGCUUUCGUAAGGACUGGAGUUAGUGACUCUAAUAUGACAUCUUGUGUUUUUGAGUGUGAGCAGCCAGCAACCUGUUAAAUUGGCUCAUAAAGCAUUACAAUGUUGUCAUGGCAUACCAGAUCAGAAUAUUCUUAAAUUGACACAAAGUUAAUGAGAGGUCCAGCACAUGCAUGCUUUGAUAGGGGGAACGGACCAUAUUGGUGAGCCACAGGAUUGGAAAAAAGAACCCACAGUUUAGAAAAAAAGGAAGGAGAAAAGUGCAAUAUUUUUAGUCCAAAUUACAAUGUUAGAACAGUGCAUUGCACAGCGGAGUGUCCCGGGAUUGGAAUGUCCUCUCUGUGGACCUCCUAUCUGCCCUCAGGUCCUGCUGCAGGACCACUGGCCGCCCCCAUUCCCGCUCAAUUUCACCCUGCCAGCUGAGCUAGCUGACACAUGCCUCCACAGUUUGUGCUUCACUCACCCUCUGUUUGACUGGGUGAUGAACCAGUUUCAUUAGUAGCAGAAGCAGAGUUGGGUGAGACCAGUUCAGCAAGCCUGCAUCUAGAAAUAUACAAAUUCUACAUGUUUCAGCCCAGUCUUUGUUCACUGUUGCUGCAGCUUCUUGUGGGGACUGAGUGAAGGAAAUCUCACUCUGGUGCAAAGCUCAGUUCAUAUGAGGUCUCUGAGUUAGAAGGGCCUCUUUGCUGAGCUGCAGUAGCACAUCGUUAUUGCCUCUCUCCCACCUGGAAACUUUAAACAGUACAUUAGAAUACUUUUGCUGAUAGACUGGUUAAAGAUGCCUGCCAACCAGGCAACCACACACCUAAAACUGAGAGCAGCCACUCAUGCUUUUCAUGGUCUCUCCUGUGAAACUUGCUUUAAAUUUCUUUCCUAGGAAAGCUUGUGGUUAGCACAGGGAUGAGUAGGAGUGAGAUUAUUGCUUACAUUCUUUCAGCAUUUAUGCAAGUUGGAGUGCAAGUUGCAUCUGCACAUCUCUUGUGAAAGGUUGGUUGGGGUUUAAAGGGCUGCAGCAUAUGUUUUAAUGUGGUCAUUUUCACACAUGUCAUGAUAGGUUUGGAAUGUAAUACAUACAAAAAAUAACUUGUGCAUAUCCAGAGAAAAUUCUUGCCUGUCGCAACUUUGGUUGUCAGGUAGAAAUGCACAAUCCAUCUGGCAACUCCUCUACUCCGCAAUGACUAAUAUUUUCUGUCUGAAUUUCAAAAUUCUGCUAAAGCAUUUGGGGUUUCCUAAUUUUAAUGAUUUUAAUGCCAUUUUAUAUCCUCACCAUAAAGUCCCAAAGUAUAUUAGAUUAUAUCUACUUUUCUUUCUACCCUUACUUUGAAACUCCCAAAGAAUAUUAGAUUAUGUCUACUUUUCUUUAUACCCUUUUUUCAAACUAAGACUAGAAAAACAAACAUUUUAGUCAGUUAUGAAAUGACUAUUAUAUUUAUAUUUAGUUUAAAGUUGUUUCAAAAUACUAAUGAGUGCAAGCAACAUGAGUUUAAAAUAAGUAAUCUACUCUAAAAUAACUUAUUUCUGACAUCAUGCUAAUUAAGCAAAUUCAGGCAAAUUUAAGUAACUGAAGUGUGCAUGUAAAAGUCAAGAUCAAGGAAAGAAAUUUUUGUAAUCGGCAAGUUUGCAUGUAAGUCUUAAUUAAAUACACCAAUAAAAUGUAUUUUAAGAACAUUGCUGCAAGUUUCUGCAAGCCAGUCGUUUUGAUGUCUUGAUAUAUCCUCUUCUUUUAGGAGGAUUUUUGGCUCCAGCUUGCACACUAAAGAUUAAGAAAAGAAAUGGUUUAGUGUUACCCAGUUUAGGAAUAAAAUCUUCUGAUAAGCAGGUAUUCAGUAUCCAGCAAGGGGGACUCUUGAAGGAACUGAGAUGGAACGCAACAGGAUUGGUGGAUGGCCUGUGAUGGUGUGGCCCCACACCAAGCCCUUAUGUCUUUAUAUACUGUAAACAGAUGACCAGACAGUCCUGAGUGUGCAUUGCUACCCACUCUGCCUCUGCCUCUCCGGUUGCCUCCCUCUCAUCACCUCUGCAAGCUGCUGCCACUGCAUUUUGUUCUGUUCCUCUGAAGAAGACUAACUUGAAAAAGGCACUGUAACGUGUUUUGCUUAGCUUUUACAAAAACAUCAGUGUUUCUUCGGGUGUUAAACGAUGUCUCUUCAGAUGCUAAUCCUUACAGUAAUGUGUAUGUGGGUUCUGGCUUGGAACUUCCAAGCGGAGGCAACCUACUAUCACCGCCAGACAGUCCACCACGAACACUCUGCUAACAUGGAAAACCUCCUGCCCGAAAACCUCCUGCCUGAAGUUGUGUCUGAAGUCUUGCCUGAGGUCUCCCAACCUAUCAACAGCCGCACUUUCUAUGGGAUCAUGUUCGAUGCUGGGAGCACAGGCACCCGUAUCCACAUCUACAAGUUUAUUCAGAAAGACCCUGUUGAGCUACCAGUUCUGGACAAUGAGAUGUAUCAUGCAGUGAAGCCUGGUCUGUCUGCCUAUAAAGAUAAGCCUGAAGAGGGUGGGGACACGAUCAGAGCGCUGCUGAAGGUGGCCAAGAAGACGGUGCCAGAGCAUGAGUGGAAGCAGACCCCGGUGGUCCUGAAAGCCACAGCCGGGCUCCGCCUCCUACCCGAGGAGAAGGCUAACGCUCUGCUGGAUGAGGUUCGGGAAGUCUUUGGCGAGUCCCCCUUCUUUGUACCAAACAACAGUGUCUCCAUAAUGAAUGGAACAAAUGAAGGAGUCCUGGCCUGGGUAACGGUGAACUUUUUGACAGGUCACUUGUAUGCCAAGACCAGGAAGACAGUGGGUAUCCUGGACUUGGGUGGAGGAUCUACCCAGAUCACUUUCCUUCCAAAAUCAAAGAAAACAGUGUUCACCGCCCCAGCCAGUUACAUUGCCAACAUCAACAUGUUCAAUAACACUCUACAGCUCUACACUCACAGCUACCUUGGAAAUGGACUUGUAGCUGCUCGAUUGGCAACUCUUGGGGCUUUGGGAGCUGAUGGUCUGGAGUGGAAAGUUUUCACAAGCUCCUGUCUACCGAAGAAGUUCAGAGAGGACUGGACUUUUGGUGGAAUCACUUACAAAGUUAGUGGAAUUCCUGAUGGCUAUGCAGGGUACAAGUUGUGUUACUAUGAGGUGAUGAGGGUGGUGAAAGGCAUCGUGCACCAGCCGUUCGAGAUAAAGGGCAGCAGCAUCUUCUACGCCUUCUCCUACUACUUCGACAGAGCUGUGGAGUCAGGCCUCAUUGAUGGCAGUCGGGGUGGUAUGGUAGAAGUCAGGGACUUCAAGAAGAGAGCCAAAGAAGUGUGCAACAAGAUGACCAAGUACCGUCCCAUCAGCCCCUUCCUCUGCAUGGAUAUGACAUAUAUCACAUGUCUGUUGAAGGAGGGCUUUGGCUUCAAGGACAACACAGUGCUGCAGCUCGCCAAGAAGGUGAACAAUGUUGAGACAAGUUGGGCCUUGGGAGCCACAUUCGAUCACUUCAACAACCUCAACAUCCACUAAGGGCAGCUAUUCUACCUGCCUGCAGGCACUGGGAGGGGCAGCCUGUUAAUGGGGGCACCCCCCCCUCCCACCUGCUCAGCAGCACUGCCAAGCUUCUCCAACCAACCCCUCCCCUCUGUUCCCAGCACCCUUCUGCAAAUAAUCCAAGAACUGUUGACAAAGAAAUCACUAUAUUUUUUAUAAUGAAGGACAGCUAUUUCUACUGUAUGUUUCAUCCAUAAUUAGUGAGUUGACUUUAUUUUUGUAAAGCAAGCGUUUAUAUAUACGCUUUCUUCGGGGUGUCUGACCUGAAAUGCAGUCUUAUUUGGCUACCUUUGAGCAUGUAGAGUAGUUAGAAGCACUGCAACUAGUUAGGUAUUUAGAGAACUUUGGUGCUUACUGUGGUCCUGGAGUGCACUGUAAAGUACAGUGGAAUAUUUGGAGAGAAAAUAAGUUGCAGGAAUGCAACCUUCAGUCAUAGCUCUGAAUGCCUGCAACUCAUUCUAUCUGGAAAUAUAUUUCUAGUACAUCAUACUGUAGGACAGGUGAACAAGAUAUUUCCCUCACAAGACUUAAGCAAUAUAUCAUUGAAGUUAAGUAAACAGAAACUUUCCCCCUCAUACUUUGCACAUAACACUUUAACUGCCGAUGCUGUAGCUGAGAACUGUUGCUUGGAUGUUGUCUACAGAGUUGUACAUAUUCAUCAAUGUUAAAGGAGGUGACCAAUUUGCCACAACUCAGGGGGCAAGUAAAGCACAGAGGGUGAGAUGGUAGUGUUCUCACUGAGUAUGUCUUGCAUUUGAUAUAUGAAUACUAUUGUAUGUAUGACGUUGAUGCCUAUGUUUUGAAAGUGCAGCCUUAGUAGAUGUGGCCUUGUGUAGAAGGGCCAGUGGAAUUGAAUCAAAGUGAGUGCUUUGUGUUUCUGACUGUUGGUAAAGUCUGUGUUAUUUAUGUUGUCUACAGUGGAGCACUAAAUGGUCAUUGUUCAAUCAACCGUGGCAAGACUACAUGACCCUCUCCAAAUUAAAAUGUAGCUUUGGCUUGUUGCUGUAUUCAGCAACCAGUCAUCAUUUCAAUAUCCCUCUAGUACUAUAUCAUCCACAGACUGAUACAUACAGCCUAAGAAGCAUGUCAGGUAAAUUAAAGACCUUAAACCCAUAACUCUUUCAGUUGUGCGGAUAUAGCUCUAGGUGCAAGGCACACACAUAAUGCUUAUUAAUACUGUUUGGAAUUUUCUUGUGAACUGUACAAAUAUUUAAAUCUCAGAUCCUGAUUAUUUUGAAUGCUGGUGCAAUUUGUACAAAAUGAACUUCGCUGUAUAACUGCUCUAAUGCAAUGCAUUAGCCUAUUCAACAAUAGCCGCUAUAUGUUCAGUAGCAAAUAUGUACAAUAACUACUGCUGUAUAUAAUACUACAAAGUAAACCUGUAUAAGUAAAAUACUUACCAGACUGUAACUGCUUUGACUUUGCAAAAGAGAACUUUAUUUCUGCUGCAUAAUGCUCACAAAGUUAAGGUGAACUGCUUGAUAACUGAUCAUCUAAAUCACGUUUUAUGAAAACCUGGUGCAAGUAAAAUGCAUGUAUACAUUAUACAUGUAUGUUUCAAUAAAAUAUUAAAAGUGUACUUGGUGUACAGGUACAGUGCCUUAAAGUAUUCAUACCUUGAAUUAUUCCACGUUACAGCCCGAGUAAAAAUAAAUAAAAAUCUCACCUAUCUACACAAGAAAGGCUGAAACAUGAAGACUUAUUUUUAGAAAUGUUAGCAAAUUUAUUGAAAAUGAAAGACAUAUCUAAUUUAAACAA